AUGGCCGCGGACUCAGACCGCAGCCCGAGUGGGCGACAAGGGGCGCGAACCGCGGUCCGUGACGGCGACGUGGCUCCACAGCUCCCACGAGCCCACGUCACACUGCCCAGCCAGCCCCGGCAGUGUCCCGGCCCUCCGCCAGCGGCCCCCAGCCCCGACCCCGCUCCCCACCUACUGUCAACGUCCGGGGCGCUGUUUCCCUCGUGCUCCACAGUGAGUGACGUGACCCGAAUAAUAACAGGCCCCUGCCCCCGUGGCACGGCCCCAGGCGUCCAGCCCACGCAGAGCGCCCGCUCCGAGGGAGAAGGGCGUCUGGACCCGCCGUGUGGGCACCGCGGCGCGCUGGGCGCGGCUCGCCGUCGGUUAGCGUCUCCAGACCCUGCAGCGCUCACCCGCCGGCAGGCGGCUUGCCGAGUCCUCCCCACGGCAGACGGCGCCUCCUCGCGACGCUGCUUCGGGCUGGGCUGCUGCGUGCCGGCUGUUCGCAUGCCCCGUGCCCUGCCCGCUGGCGGACGUGGUGCCCAUUCAGGUGGUGCCCUGCCGGGUGGUGCCCCCUCCGGGUGGUGCCCCCUCCGGGUGGUGCCCGCAGCUGACGCCCGUGGCUGCCCCUGGGCGCAGACCGUAGAGGAGUCGGGGCGGGUCACGCUCCGGCCCCCGGGCCUCGGCGAGGCCGAGAGCCAGCAGGACGCACAGUCUCUGCCGCCCAGCCGGCGGCUCUCGCGUGAGUACCUGGACAUCCUGGCCAUCUCCUGCGACAGCUUCGACGAGAAUGUCAACGUCCUUAUCGGCCGCGGCCAAGGGAAGAAGAGCCAUGUGGACAAGCUCUGGAAGCUGAGGGCGUGGUGCCGGGACUACCGGGUGGCCUUCAAGAUCAACUCCGUCAUCAACCGCUUCAACGUAGACGAGGACAUGAACGCACAGAUCCGCUCCCUGAACCCCGUCCGCUGGAAAGUCUUCCAGUGCCUCCUCAUCGAGGGCGAGAACGCCGGGGAGGCCGCGCUGCGGGAGGCCGAGCGCUUUGUCAUCAGCGACCAGGAGUUCGAGGCCUUCCUGGAGCGCCACCGGGAUGUGUCCUGCCUGGUGCCAGAGUCCAACCAGAAGAUGAAGGACUCCUACCUCAUUCUGGACGAAUACAUGCGCUUCCUGAACUGCCGGAGUGGGCGGAAGGACCCGUCCAGGUCCAUCCUGGACGUGGGCGUAGAAGAAGCCAUAAAAUUCAGCGGAUUCGAUGAGAAGAUGUUUCUGCAGCGCGGCGGGAAGUAUGUCUGGAGCAAGGCGGACCUGCAGCUGGACUGGUAGGCUGAGCGCAGCCCAGCGCGGGGGCCGGCCGCCGUGGGCUUUGCCGGCGCCCACCGGUCUCCCAGACUCCGCCCGGGUCAGACGCCGCCUGGCACCGGCUUUCUCGGGGCCGCGCCUGACGCCUUCCCACGCUGCCCUUCCGGGAUCGGUUCUCUCGGCCGACUGCGGUGCCGCUGCCGCCUCUGGGAAAUCGCCAAGUGGCUUCCAGGUCAUCUCUGCCGCCUGCAGGCUCGUCCCUCCCCCCGGCCGUGCAGCCUCGGGCUCUG